AUGUCAGCAAUCUCUUCCAACAUUGUGCAGAUUCUAUCUCUCUAUGCUGUCCAAUGCCUGAUACCUGCAACUCUCCUGAUCGCAACCACAAAGCAAUCUGUUCUUCGGUAUCUGUCAAUUCCAUGCUCUAUCUUCAUUGCAUUUCGAGCUAUACCAGUGGCCACAGCGCUGGGCCCGGGAUACGUGUGGUGUGAAUGUGCUCGCCUUUUUCUGACUAUCAUCUUCCAAUGCCUAAAUCUGCUACUCAUCGACCCUAAGGACAGUAAUGAUUUGCCUUCUGGGGGCAGUCAGAGCCUUGUGUCUCGAAUUUAUGCCGCGACUCGGCUCUUUACUGACCCUCGAGGGAUCAACUCUUCCUGGCAAAUAAAGAAUGCCCCACCACAGCCAAAAUAUUAUCAACGGCGUGAUAUGAACAUACCUCCUCGGGGUCGCUUCUUGAUUCGUCAAAUCGCCAUUAUUGUUUGGCAAUAUCUAGCUUUGGAUGUAUUUGCUACACUUGCGUUGCAACAAGCCUUGGAGCAAGAGAAGAAUGGGAUUUUGCCGCCAGUGCCUCAAUGGGACAUAUCAUGCGAACAAUGGAUUGAACGAAUUAUCUCGAACCUUAUGGCUGGAUUUGUGGUCAGCCGAAUCCUCAUCGACUUUCACCAUCGUGCCUUUUCGGUAAUCCUCGUGGGACUUGGACUGGACUCGCCUGCAAAUUGCCCUCCGUUGUAUGGAAGAGCACUGGACGCUGAUACAGUACGGGGCUUCUGGGGGAAAUUCUGGCAUCAAUUGCUACAAAAUCCCCUGACCUCUGUCAGUGCCUUCAUCACCCAAGACCUAUUGGGUCUUAGGCCAAGAUCCUUGAUGCAGCGGUAUAUGAAUGUUUUUGUUGUUUUCUUCUGCUCGGGUGUGCUGCACCUCAUCCUGGAUAUUGUGCAGGGAAUCCCAGCACAGGAAUCCGGCGCCAUGUUAUUUUUCGUCACGGCUCCUCUAGGUCUUAUGAUCGAAGAUGGAAUCAAAGCGCUUUGGAAAUCCUUUUCGAAGCCUAAUCGAUCAAUCAAGACAACCCCUAAGCCGUUGUGGCAAAGGGUUCUCGGCCUAACAUGGUCUAUGGCAUGGCUUGGUGUCACUUCAACUGGGUUCUUCUACCCACAAGUUGUGAGGCCGAAAAAUCAGGCCCUGGUUCCUUUUUCUGUGGCGGAUCAUAUCGGACUGCCUCUAGAGUCAGCGUUUGUUCUGGUCGGUGGUGCUGUGCUAGCAAAGGUGUUUGAGGUAGAAGUAUGA